CUCAGCUUUUGCGCUGGAUGCACUGUAAGAAGCUCUUUUUGAUGCAGGUAUAGUUCAUUUACACGCUCUGAGUUUUUAUCGUUCAUUUGUCUUUUUCUCUAGUCCUCUCCUUACUCCUGUUCUCUUAUUCAGUAACUUCUAUCUGCCCUCGACAACUAAUUACAUCACGUGUCCGUGUGAAUUCUCCGGAUCUCGCACCCAAGACCCCUCAACGCCAGCUCAUCAUGGCUGCAGAGGAGCCCCGCCAGCAGGAAGACCCCGCCGCCAGCGGCAAGAAUUGGAAGCAGCAGCAGGUACGGAGAAGUGCGGAAAAUCUGGCCCCGCGAUUUUUUGCUCUUCUCUUCGCCCUCCUCGCCCUUUAUAUCCUCUUUUCACCGCCUUCUUCAAGCCUUUCCCCUCCAGUCGAUCUCUCCUCUACCUCUACUUCUUACUCUGUUCCUACAUCUCAAGUCAUACCAGACAAGAAUAUCGCCAAAAUGUCCUCCUCCGAGCAGACCUUCAUCGCUAUCAAGCCCGACGGUGUCCAGCGUGGCCUCGUUGGUCCCAUUAUCUCUCGAUUCGAGAACCGAGGCUUCAAGCUUGCUGCCAUCAAGCUCGUCAGCCCCGGCAAGGAGCACCUCGAGAAGCACUAUGCCGAUCUCGCUGGCAAGCCUUUCUUCCCCGGUCUGAUUGAGUACAUGUCCUCUGGCCCCAUCUGCGCCAUGGUCUGGGAGGGCCGUGAUGCUGUCAAGACUGGCCGUGCCAUCCUCGGUGCCACCAACCCCCUUGCCUCUUCCCCCGGUACCAUCCGUGGUGACUACGCCAUCGAUGUCGGCCGCAACGUCUGCCACGGCUCCGACUCCGUCGAGAACGCCCAGAAGGAGAUUGCUCUCUGGUUCAAGGAGGGUGAGGUCCUCUCCUGGAAGUCCGCCCAGUUCAACUGGGUCUACGAGAAGGCUUAAAUUGUCAAUGUUGUAACGCCCUGAAUGACGGAAUGGAAAAAGCACAUACAAGUGGGAUGACUUCAUCUCUGUGGGUAUAACAAAAAUCAAGACAGAAAAUCUUCUCAAAACCUUCGUGCUCGAUUUCAAAGUGACUAAGGCUUGCUUGUGAAUAUUCCUUUGGCUCUCAUGAGUACCCCUGCAAACCAUGGCGUAGCCCAUACACUGCCGAUGAUACGAACCGGCAGUAAAGCUUUAGUGAUUGCGUACGCGAGAGCAACUUCAACUACCACUUUGUACCGCCCAUCUCCACUAUGCCAGCGCUCCACUGCGUCUUCGGAUUUGGAGUCCGGAUGUGUUGUAGCUGCAUUUGGGGCCUCACCUUCUUCGUUCUGACCAAAACCAAACCACCCCUUGCGUGUGAAGUACCUCUCAAAGCGGCCAACUCCAUCUUCGACAUAGCUUCCAAAGUGGCCCGUUACGUAUUCCACGGGCACAUAAUUUGUGUAAUGAAAGAGGCCAAAUAGUCCUAGCACGGGCACAAUUGCUGUGAUUUCGUGAAGGAUCAAGAAUGAAACAAUGUGCGAGACUGGAGCGUUGCGUAAACCGCUAGUGUAUCUUUGUAAACGUCGAGGAAGCUUAGAUGUGAUGCGGUCGAUGCGGGAAGCUUGGGUUGAUUCGGCGCGAGGAUAUGAGGUGUUGAUGCGCGGGGGAGCGCGAGCACGGAGGCUAGGGCGCCAAUUGAAAGAUAUCAAGUUGCGGCGCAUCUUGAGAUCAAGUAUCCGGGCUUGGGGAAGGCGUUUUGUUGGUAGCGUUAAGUGAAUCCAAAGUUUCAACAGUCG